UUGUUUGCCAGCAAGAUGAUCACAAUGAAUUCCGUCGUACUGCUCUGCCUGAUCCUAACCACCACCCUGCUGCUGGGCCAAGGUCAAGGGAAUCCCGUCGAGGUGGAUGUUCCCGGUCCCGAUGCCAACGAUCUGGACACCGAUUUCGGAGAGGAGGAUGCCACCGACAAGCCAUUGGGCAUCGUUUCCAUCAAGGUCCGUCACCUCCAGGAGGAUCCCGCCCUCUGCGAACAGAGGUCGCGGUACCACCCACACCACCCCCAGUGCCACAGCUACUGCAAGCGCCAAGGUCACUGGAUAGGCCAGUGCAAGAAGGAGACCUGCCACUGCUUCUCCUAGGUAUUCCCAAAGUAUCUUUAUAUAGCCCAUAUACCUUUUUUUUUUGCUCAAAAAUAUUACUUUGUACUUCGAGAAAGGUUUUAUAUACCAUAACCUAC